CACAGCACUGGAUCAUCAUCAGUCUCUCAUAGCACCGGAUCAUCAUCAGUCUCUCAUAACACCGGAUCACCAUCAGUCUCUCACAGCACUGGAUCAUUAUCAGUCUCUCAUAACACCGGAUCAUCAUCAGUCUCUCAUAGCACUGGAUCAUUAUCAGUCUCUCAUAACACCGGAUCAUCAUCAGUCUCUCACAGCACCGGAUCAUCAUCAGUCUCUCAUAACACCGGAUCACCAUCAGUCUCUCACAGCACUGGAUCAUUAUCAGUCUCUCAUAACACCGGAUCAUCAUCAGUCUCUCAUAGCACCGGAUCAUCAUCAGUCUCUCAUAACACCGGAUCACCAUCAGUCUCUCACAGCACUGGAUCAUUAUCAGUCUCUCAUAACACCGGAUCAUCAUCAGUCUCUCAUAGCACUGGAUCAUUAUCAGUCUCUCAUAACACCGGAUCACCAUCAGUCUCUCACAGCACCGGAUCAUCAUCAGUCUCUCAUAACACCGGAUCACCAUCAGUCUCUCACAGCACUGGAUCAUUAUCAGUCUCUCAUAACACCGGAUCAUCAUCAGUCUCUCAUAGCACUGGAUCAUUAUCAGUCUCUCAUAACACCGGAUCACCAUCAGUCUCUCACAGCACCGGAUCAUCAUCAGUCUCUCAUAACACCGGAUCACCAUCAGUCUCUCACAGCACUGGAUCAUUAUCAGUCUCUCAUAACACCGGAUCAUCAUCAGUCUCUCAUAGCACUGGAUCAUUAUCAGUCUCUCAUAACACCGGAUCACCAUCAGUCUCUCACAGCACCGAAUCAUCAUCAGUCUCUCACAGCAUUGGAUCAUCAUCAGUCUCUAAUAGCACCCGAUCAUCAUCAGUCUCUCAUAGCACCGGAUCAUCAUCAAUGUCUCAAAGCACCAGAUCAUCAUUAGUCUCUCAUAGCACUGGAUCAUCAUUAGUCUCUCAUAGCACAGGAUCAUCAUCA